UUCGUUUUUUUAGUUGUCUUCGCAAUCAGAUUGUUUAAAAAUGGCGGAAAAGGUUGAAUUGUGAAAAAUGUGACACACCGAUUUCCUUGCUUUUGACGAUAUUCAGAUAAUGGUUUUAGAAUCCAAGACAACGAAGGUUCCAAGGGACCCAUUUGCAGUGAAACCUUUACCUAAAGCAUAUUAUCAUCCAAGUAAACAUAAGAAUCUAUCAAAAACACAGAAAAAGACAAAAAUAUUGGGCAACCCUGCAGCAGAAGACUGCAAAGAGGAGAGUCAACCCAGGGGUCCUGAAGAUGAACUCUUUUUGAGGGGAGGUAAUCGCUACCUAGCGAAGACCCCACCUCCUGAAGACAAUGCUUCAUCCAAAUUUGAUGAGUCCUGGCCAAGCAGUGAGAGGCCGUCUUCUGUGGGGUUAACAGCCACUGAUGACAAAAGUCCAUACUCUCUCCAGACAAUGUUAGAUUUGUAUGGAAGGAAGAGAGACUAUUCUGACAUAAAACAAACUCUGUCUUUCACAGAGACUGACCAGAAGGAAGUAUCUGGUGGAGAAGCAUCCACACUGCAGAGGUACAUAGAGAGGUUCCGUAGAGGAGAACCAAUGAGUCGAGAGGAUAGACAGCGACAAACAAAGGCCAGCUCUAGGGACUUUUGGUGGAUUGACCCAGCAAGCCGAGAAAGUGAGGCAGUUAAAAAGCUGCCUGUCAGAAAGGCAGCUGAGAGAUCCCCUCCUGAUGAUAUAACCCAGAGGUUGCAAGAACGAGCAGACAAAUUAUUGGAACGGAGUGUGAGUACAGUUGCGUCCUCAGACCCUAUUGUCAGUACAGAUGGACUUGGUAGUUCCCUCGAUGGAAGUGCAUCUAUAUCAAGCUUUGAAGAACAGCCUUACCGACCAGUAUUUGCCAAAAAUUUAGAAAAUGGGCCUUCUCAAACAAGAUAUCCAAAUUUGGACCGUGGGUAUGCACCUUAUUCUCACCCUCCUGAUACUUCAAACUUCCACCCCCGGGUGUCAAGGCCUGGACGCCCAGAGGACGACAUUCUCCACCAGUGGAGAGUCAAGCGUCGGCUAGAAUCUGCUAGAGAUGUAGCUGAACACACACCAGCCAAUAAAAACUCUUUUGGUUUUCUGUCAAAGCAACCUGACCAGGAGGUGUUGGAUGCAAAGUUAUCAGAAUUCAAGGAGCGACUAUCAGGAAAGAGAACUCCUACAGAACCACACCGGCUGACUGGGAAUGUGAGGUUCACACCUGUGCCAAAUAAAAACCUGACCAAAAACACAAAUACUGAAAAUAUGCAGGAAUUUGAGCAGAGAGACACUGAUUCUCUACCAACCAUAGCAAGCCCCACCCUUGGGAGGCGUGGCAAACAUACAGGGGUGGAGCCUCAUUUACAUCUCAUGUGUGAUCUUCUUCCUUGUGGGCAUUCACAGCAGUUCUUAGAAAAAACUUUAAAGUCACACACAGAUGAAAAGUCUGAUCAGGAUUCAAAACAGUCAAAAGGUUGUGAAAACUCAAGAACAGUGAAUGGUAGGGAUAAGAGUGAUUCUGAUUCUGCUAAGGAAAAGACAGAGACAGGGAGGUAUAGAUACUUACAAGCAGAAAGGCCUCAUGAUGAUGAGGGGGCAGUCAAAACUUCUAGCAAGCAAAGUGAUACUGAAAAUGAUGAGGACCAUAUUAACAAAAGGAAACUGAAAGAAAGCAGAGAACAGGAAAGUUCAAGUGAUAAGUCAGAUUCUAAAGAAUCGAGUAAAAGAAAGAAGAGUCCACGUGAUGAAGAGGAUAGUGUUCCAAAACCAAGAGAGUGCCACAGUCCAUCAAUGAAAAAGUUUGAAAGUGUGAACACAGCUAUUGGACAGGUUAUCAAGGACCGACUGUUUACUUCCUCACUGAGUACAGUCAUUGACAGUGUGGAUAUCAGUGGGGUGGAUCCUAACAGACAGAGUGUGGAGUUCACAGAAUCCACCCGAAUUACUCCCCAUGAUCCCUGCCCUCAAUCAGAGUUAUCUCCUCCUGAUCCCAAACCCCCUAAAGGAUUAUCUGCCCAUGAUUCAAAGCUGAGAGACAAAAAAUCAGAGACCAGAAAAGAGAGACCAGCAAAAAUAGUGAAAUCUGAAUCAGACCGCAGGAAAGCAGAGAGGGUAGCGAAUGUAACAGAGUUAGAAAAUGAGGAUAGCUAUGAAUCUGAUGGAGAAUUCCCUGAGGAUCAGUUGUUACAGAUUCUUAGAGCACAGCGGUCAAGCUAUGAAGAAAAACUAGGACACAUUGACAAACUGCUGGCAGAGUUAUCUCCCAUUUCAUAGUACUGCAUGUAUAUAUUAGUAUAACUACUACUGUAAUAAAUAUGUAUAUAUUUUUAA